CAAAAAAAUAAAUUAACCUUUUUCUCAUUCCUAGAAGGCAGAAGCAGCAAGAACAAAAAUAGAGUAGUAUAAUUGUGUGGAUUAAAGUGAAGUACCUUAACUCCCUCAAAAAUCGAAAAUAUUUGGUGGGUGGGGGUACGUACCUUGAAAGUUGAACAUACGCUGCUGAUAAUACGCAUAUCUCGUUAAACUGUAUCUAUCACAUUUGAGGACUGCUUGUGACACUUUUGGUGGCGGAGCAAACGGCGGUUUUGGUGGUGGUUCCGGCGAUGUGGGAAUGCCACAAAAUAAUGCAUAGCUGAUCCAGAGAAAUAAUGAUCUGAUUUCUUCUUCUUUGCACCAAUUACUCAGGAGAGAUUAGUUGAUGUGAUCAAAAGAAAUGUCCUUCAAGAGCAUUGUCCGUGAGCUGCGGGAGAUGAAAGAUGGGAUAGGGAAUAUAUCGAGGAGGGGAGUGGAAGGAAGGCACUGGCGCAACAGAACCCGGUCGCAUAUAGCCCCCGAUGUGGCCCCUUUUGAUCAAAUUGAACAAGGGCAAUGGGCAAAUUUACCACCAGAGCUACUUCUGGAUAUAAUCCGUAGGGUUGAAGAGAGUGAGACAACUUGGCCUGCUCGAACUGUGGUUGUCUUUUGUGCAUCUGUUUGCAAGUCAUGGAGGGGAGUUACAAAAGAGAUUGUCAGGACUCCUGAGGAAUGUGGUAAACUUACCUUUCCCAUUUCGCUGAAGCAGCCUGGUCCCCGUGAAUCCCCAAUCCAUUGCUUUAUCAAACGGGACAGAGAUAACUCAGUUUAUCGCCUCUACUUUGGCUUGACUCCAUCUGAGGACGAGAGUGAUAAGCUAUUGCUGGCUGCCAGAAGGAUCAGGAGGGCAACAAGCACAGAUUUUGUAAUUUCAUUGGUUGCAGAUGAUUUUUCUCGAGCGAGCAAUACAUACCUUGGGAAAUUGAGGUCUAACUUUCUUGGGACCAAGUUCACCAUAUAUGAUAGCAAACCCCCAACUGAUGCAUCUAUUCAAGAACAUUGUCGACAUAGUCGGAGAUUCCGUGCAAAGCAGGUAUCUCCAACAGUACCUGCUUGCAACUACAGUAUCGCCACCAUCUCCUAUGAACUCAAUGUUCUCCGUACAAGAGGACCUAGGAGAAUGCAUUGCGCUAUGCAUUCUAUUCCUUUCUCUUCUAUCCAAGAAGGAGGCACUGCUCCAACACCAACAUCAUUUCCACAGCCUUUUGGUGAGAAGUCAUCUCCUCCAUCAGUUUCAGAUGCAAAGGAGCUAGCUAAAGAUGUCAGCUCGGCUGGUAUUUCAAGUUCAACUGCGUCGAUGCCUCUCGGAGAGUCACUUGUGCUAAAAAACAAGGCCCCUAGAUGGCAUGAACAAUUGCAGUGCUGGUGCCUAAAUUUUAAAGGUCGUGUUACAGUGGCUUCUGUAAAAAACUUCCAGCUAGUGGCAUCGGUAGAUCCUUCUCACAAUGUACCUGCUGAGGAACAAGAAAAAGUAAUUUUACAGUUUGGAAAAAUCGGAAAAGAUAUAUUCACCAUGGAUUACCGCUACCCACUUUCUGCCUUUCAAGCCUUUGCAAUCUGCUUGAGCAGCUUCGACACAAAACCAGCGUGUGAAUGAUUUCAUGCAGAUUGUAUGCGGCAAUUGUUGUUGUUCUUCUGUUGCUUCAUAAUGUUAUGAAUUGAUGUUUUCUAUUUACGGCCUUAUUAAUGAAUUAGGAUUUUUGUAGUGGAAUAUGCAGCUUUUCUAGCUUUACUACAUAAUUAUGGAGCAUCAAGCAGGGGCUAAAUUAGCCAAAGAAAUGGGAUAUAAAGAAUUAUAAGUGGUAACGGAUUGCCUACUUGCUGUAUCACCCUCUUAGGGUUAUUAUUAAAGAUUGCAAAUUCUUGCUUGAAGCCAACAAGGCAAAUGUUGUACACAUUUGGAGAAAGGCAAACAAAUGUGCAUACUUUCUGACAAGCAAAUGUCAAGAUCUGCUAGUCUGGGAAGGGGCGAUCUAGGAUACGGAGUUUUUCCUCUUGGCAGACUUAAACAAUGUAGCUUAUGAGAGAUUUUAGUAUUUCUGUUAGUAUUUUCUAAUGUACCAAGAAAAUAUGCAGCUUCUCUAACAGUAGUUGUUUAGAUAGAAGCACUUGUUCUGUAAGUUCCUGUGUUAAUAUGUGUUUGCAAAGUGUAUAAUACCUUUUGAACUUUGUCAUCCA